UUUGAGCCAGUUAGAUUUAAUUUUGAGCUGAAUCAAGCCAAUUCCGAGUUGAAACGGAUCCAAAUAGCUCAAUUUAAGCUAGCUCAUCUCAAUUUCGAGCCAUACGAGCUCGAUCCAAUUUUGAGCUGGCGCGGCUCCAAAUCGAAUGUAACGAGCCACUAGCUGAUUUCGAGCCACACUAAAUCUAUUCAAGCCAACCCCAGCUUUGCUCAAAAUCGGAUUUUUAACAGCCCUAUUCAUGUCUCUCUCUGUUGUUCUAUGAUCAACAACUGAUUAUUCAUCUUUCCCUUCUCAAGGUUUUCCAGCCAUUGCUUCAACCAAUGGUGACCCCAGAAACUCUUCCCAUGCAUCCCGUCAGAGAACUCCAAGAGCGCUGCCAGCAACAGGCGGAGGGAUUGGAGUACAAAUCUUCUCGAAUGGGUAAUCUGGCUACCGUAGAAGUCUUCAUAGAUGGCGUCCAGAUAGGAGCAGCGCAGAACCCACAGAAAAAAAUGGCCCAGAAGCUUGCAGCAAGAAAUGUGCUAGCCUUUCUGAAGGAGAAGGAAGAGAAGGAGAAGAAGGCGAAGGAAGAGAAGGAGAAUGAGUUGAGAAAAGAUGCGAACCAUGGAGAGAAGAAUGGCAACAAUGGCCAGGUGUUUACCAGGCAAGCUCUCAACGAUAUAUGCUUGAGGAAGCAGUGGCCGAUGCCGCACUAUCGGUGCGUGAAUGAAGGCGGCCCUGCGCACGCCAAGCGAUUCAUCUACGCGGUUCGCGUCAACACAUCCGAUCGCGGGUGGACGGACGAAUGCAUCGGGGAGCCGAUGCCCAGCGUUAAGAAGGCCAAGGACUCUGCAGCGGUUCUUCUCCUUGAGCUUCUGAAGAAAGUUUAUCCUGAGAACUAGUAGUCUGGUUUUCUUAUGCUUGAUGAUGAUGAAGGUUUUGUUUGCUUCAGGACUUUUAUUUUGUUUAUACAAUGUGAUUGGGUUAUUUAUUUAUUUAUUUACUUAUUUAUCAUUGGAAAGAAAAAUAUUAUGUCGAGUCCGGAUGUAUUUGGAU